AUCUGACUUUCGGAUGUGUAUAAAAACGUAGCGGGAUCGUAGCUUUCAUUAGUUCUGUUUCGCAGUCUGCUAACCGACAACCAAAUAUCCUUCAACAUGAAAUUCGUGAUUGUCUUCGCUUGCUUCUUGGCUCUUGCUUUCGCCGAUGUUCCGGUUACUGUCAAGGAGUAUAACGAAGUGAAUCCCGAUAGUUUCAAAUACGAAUGGGCAACUUCUGAUGGCAGCAAUGUCCAACAGGAUGGUGUUUUGAAGGACCCUCACACCAUUCUUGUUAAGGGAUCAUACGAGUACGUGUCGAGGGAAGGCAAGGUCAUCAAGGUCACCUACACCGCUGAUGAGAACGGCUACAAGCCCGUCAUUAUCCAACAGUAGAUUAGCCGAAACGUAUGUGAAAACGAAAUAAAUGCCAUGAACAU